AUUAAGUUGGGGUUUUAGAAGUCAUACAAGUAAGACAUCUAUACACACAAAUACAUAUGCGCGCCAUAUAUAUAUAUAUACACACAUAUACUGUGGACAAUAUUAUGAGAUAUAUACUUCAAUUUCUCUCUCUCGCUCUAUCUUAUGGCUUGGAAUUAUGGAUAUGACAUAUGAUGAUCUCAUGAGAGAUUUUUAUUGAGUAAAGAAUUGAAUUUUAAAGCAAAUAAUAAAGAUAUUAUUAUAGAUAUCGAUGGCGGCCGGAGAUGGUUCAGCCAUCUCUUUGGAACAUACUCCCACAUGGGCACUCGCCGUUGUUAUCUUUGGCUUCAUCUCUACCUCCCUUCUCAUCGAACACUCUAUCCAUACUCUUUCUCAAUGGCUAAAAAGGCAUAAAAAGACUGCUUUGCAGGGUGCGGUUGAGAAGCUCCAAUCAGAGUUGAUGCUUUUGGGAUUCAUAUCCUUACUUUUGGCGAUAACUCAAGAUUACAUAUCAAAAAUAUGCAUACCGGCCAGCGUAGCAGACACUAUGCUUCCAUGCCCCAAACAUGAUCCUCUUACUCCUACGACUUCCUCACAAAAAUAUCAACUCAUUACUAGACAAUUACUCGCCCAGAAGUCUGAUGAGGUUUCUGCUGAUUCUUGUACUGCCCAGGGAAAGGUUGCUCUAGUGAGUAACGAGGCCAUUCAUCAGCUUCACAUAUUUAUUUUUGUGCUGGCAGCUAUGCAAAUCGUGUAUAGUACUCUAACAAUGGCUUUGGGCAGGGUUAAGAUGAAACGAUGGAAAGCUUGGGAAAAAGAGACACAAACAACGGAGUACUUAGUUGCCAAUGAUCCUUAUCGAUUUAGAUUUACAAGACAAACAACUUUUGGAAGACGACACAUGAAUAAUUGCACGGAAACAUCCUCAAUUCUUUUGUGGAUUAAAUGUUUCUUCAGGCAGUUUUCUAAUUCAGUUGCAAAAGUUGACUAUCUCACCUUAAGACAUGGUUUCAUUGAGGCUCACUUGUCAGCCAGGCAUGACAGCUUUAAUUUCCAACAAUACAUUGAGCGAUCGUUAGAGGAAGAUUUCAGAAUUGUCGUUGGAAUAAGCCCUCCAAUGUGGUUUCUAGUUGUCAUCCUAUUGCUAGUAGAUGUGCACGGAUGGCAUGUAUAUAGCUGGUUGUCCUAUGUUCCAAUAUUGAUUGUGCUCGUUCUAGGAACCAAACUUGAAGUAAUUGUAGCAAGAAUGGCUCUUCAAAUGAAAGAGCAAAACAAUAAUGUUAUAAUUGGAGCCCCUCUAGUUAAACCAAAUGAUAAUCUAUUUUGGUUCGGGAAGCCAAAAUUCGUCUUAACACUUCUGCAUUAUACUCUGUUCGUGAAUGCAUUCGAGCUCGCUUUCUUCAUUUGGGUUUCUAUCCAGUUUGGAGUAGACUCGUGCUACCAUGUGCACAACGCGAUUCUUGUCACAAGAGUUGUAUUAGCGGUGACUGUCCAGAUCGUUUGCAGCUACUUCACUCUUCCUCUGUAUGCACUCGUUACACAGAUGGGUUCAGAAUUCAAAAACAAAGUAGUAGAAGAGCAACUAGGAGUGAUUAUAAAGCAAUGGUUGACGGAAGUGAGGAACAGAAGGAGGAAACAACAAGAACAAUCCAUACAAUUUUUUUCUACUCUCUCAAGUGAAUGGAGCCCUAGACUAAGUGGUGCAACUACUGAAGUUCUUCCAAUUCCCUUAAACAAAUGUCCUAGAAGAGAAAUCAUUGAAGAAGAUCAUCACCUUCAUUGCCAACAAGCUGCUGCACAACAACAACUAGAGAGAUAAAGAUAAAUAUAUAUAUAUAAUGAUAUUUAUAUAUCACAUAUAUAUGUAUAUACACCAUGAAAGCUGACAAAGUUUAAGCUAGAGCUAAUAAUAAAGAGGAAAAAUAGUGAAAAACUCAUGAGACAUUGUAAUUUUAAUUAAUAUGAUUAUUAUUUUAAUUUGAUUAUCAUAAGAUUAUAUGGUAAUGUUACAUGUAUUUUUCUUUGAUUAAAUUUUUAAAUAAUAAAUUAACGAAAGUUUAGGGUGCUUA